AUGGAUACUCUCAAUCUCCAAGAAGUGGACUCUAUCGAAGCCAUUGUCAUUAUCGACAAUGAGCUAGACCCGCUAUCCCCCCCAGCCCCAGAUACAGUGCAAAUCACUGGAAACCUUGGGACUAUCGCCAUGGGCGCUGGGCAUGUUCCGACCGACCGCGGCGGUGCAAUCAGAGAGAUGCGGAUGGAGGACAUCUGCUGCUCUGCGCAUGGCCUGUCUAUCCUUGUGACAGCUACCAAAGGCGACAAAACCCACUCCGUUCUCUUCGACGCUGGUCCGGAAGAGGACAUAUGGGAGAGGAACGUCAAGCGACUGCGGCCGGACCUCGCCUCUGUUGAGGUGAUUCAGCUGUCGCAUUGGCAUCGGGAUCACUCAGGUGGUCUCUUGAAAGCUAUUCGAAUGAUCAAAGAGGCCAAACAAGCCCAAGGUCUCUCGGACGAGCUCGUCGUGGACGUGCAUCCAGAUCGCCCCGUUUAUCGAGGUAUUGCUCUGCCCGAAAUUAUCAUAUCACUCGAGGCCGAUCCGACUUUUGAGGAUUUGUCCGGAGCUGGCGCCGUAGUGGACAAGCAAAGCGAGGCACACACCGUCCUCGAUGAGAUGUUCCUGAUCUCAGGCGAGAUCCCACGAGUAACUCCGUAUGAAACUGGGCUCAGAAAUGCAGUUCGAUUUGAUCCCGAGGAAAAGGACUGGUACUCGGACGAAGUCAUUGCCGACGAACGUUUCCUCGCAUGCAAUUUGAAAGACAAAGGCAUCGUCGUCUUCACAGGCUGCAGCCACGCCGGAGUAGUCAACACCGCGAAGCAUGCCACCGAACUAAUCACCCCAAAGACCCUCCUCCACGCCGUCGUCGGCGGCUUCCACCUCGCCGCGAGCGAAGAAGCCCAAAUUCAAAGCACAGUAACUGACCUGAAACGACUCGAUCCCGCCGUCCUAAUGCCAGGCCACUGCUCGGGCUGGCGAUCGAAAUUCGCCAUAGAGAAGCACAUGCCAGGCACGCUGGUGCCAUGCACCGUGGGCAUCAAGAUUACCUUCUAG